AUCUUUAGUCUCAAGCUUCACGGGAAUCUCACGGAAGACCAGCUCCAGCAGCCUGGGGUGAGCGUCGCACUAUUCACGAUGCAUACACAUAUGCUGUUAGCCCCACGUACGGGUGCUGCUGCAUUGGACCGCGACCUCGGCUGAACGCGAUCCAUGAGUGCGGAGACCGCUUCCAACCGCUCUCCGCAACACAUUGCGAAACUCAACUAUCCAGAUACCCUCCCUCACACCAUACCACAAGAUGCGGACAGUCUCGGCGCUAGCCUCGCCUCUGCGGAGAUCAACACCUACAAUAGCCCGCCAGGGUACGCGGAGAUGCUUCUCGAGCUCCCACAACCUGCAGGCUACAUGGGGUUUCAUAGGAUUGGGGCGCAUGGGGUAUCCCAUGGCGAAGAACCUCAGAGCGAAGAUACCGGCUGAAGACACGCUUUUCGUGCACGAUGUCAAUACCGCAGCUACAAAGCAAUUCCUCGAGGAGCACCCACAAGGCGUACGAGUUGCUGAGAACGUUCGAGAAGUCGCUGAAAAAGCCGAAACUAUCGUCACAUCCUUGCCAGAACCUAAGCAUGUCAAGGCAGUUUUCAAGGAGAUGCUGGAGCCAGCUACUCUGCUUUCAGACAGCUCCAUCAACAAAGAACGCUUCUUCAUCGAUUGCUCAACCAUCGACCCUAUGACCUCUGGUGAAGUCGCGGAAGCUGCUCACUCCACUGGUCAAGGAAAGUUCAUUGAUGCGCCGAUGUCUGGUGGUGUUGUUGGUGCGCAGGCUGGUACGCUCACCUUCAUGAUUGGUGCGCCGCCUGAGGCAGUUGAGGGCGCCACCAAAGUUCUGUCAUUGAUGGGUCGGAGAGUGGUCCACCUUGGCGGGCCAGGUGCUGGUCUCAAGGGCAAGCUUGCAAACAACUACCUGCUUGCAUUGAACAACAUUGCGACUGCAGAAGCGAUGAGUAUGGGCGUGAAGUGGGGCCUUGAUCCCAAGGCGCUAGCCGGUAUGAUCAACACGGCGACUGGCAAGUGCUGGCCCAGUGAAGUCAACAACCCUGUUCCCGGCGUCAUUGAGGGCUCUCCUGCUAGCAGAGGCUACGAGGGAGGCUUUGGUAUAGGCUUGGCGAGUAAGGAUCUAAAGCUUGCGCUGAAGGCUGCUGAUGAGGCUGGUGUCAAGCUUGCGCUGGGAGAACCAGCAAGAGCGCUCUACGAUGCUUGCGAGAAAGCCGAAAACUGCAAGGGCAAAGACUUCUCAGUAGUCUACAGGUAUCUUGGAGGCAAGGAGUAAACAAUAUAACCUCAAUCAACAUCAAAUUACUGCUUCA